AUGGCUACUGAUGCCACCACCACCAAAUUCCAAAACCCCACCGAUUUCCGCCCCGAUUUCCACCCGGAGAAAAUAUCCUCCGCUACCUCUUACGACGGACUCCAUUUUUGGCAAUACAUGGUUUCCGGUUCAAUAGCCGGCCUAGCAGAACACAUGGCCAUGUUCCCUGUUGACACAGUCAAGACCCAUAUGCAAGCAGUCGGGUCUUGUCCUAUUAAAUCCGUAAGCGUAACUCAUGUUCUCAAUUCCCUUCUCAAAUCCGAGGGCCCUGCUGCCCUUUACCGUGGCAUUGCGGCCAUGGCUCUCGGCGCUGGUCCCGCUCAUGCAGUCCAUUUUUCAAUUUAUGAAGUAUGCAAGAAACAUUUGUCGCGAGAUAACCCAAAUAGUUCAAUUGCGCACGCGGUUUCUGGUGUUUGUGCAACAGUCGCUAGCGAUGCGGUUUUUACACCAAUGGAUGUGGUAAAACAAAGAUUGCAACUGGGGAGUGAUAGUGUUUAUAAGGGUGUUUGGGAUUGUGUUAAGAGGGUAGUGAGAGAAGAGGGGUUUGGUGCGUUGUAUGCUUCGUAUAGGACUACUGUUUUGAUGAAUGCGCCAUUUACUGCGGUUUAUUUUGCUACUUACGAGGCUGCGAAGAAAGGUUUGAUGGAGAUUUCGCCAGAUAGUGCGAAUGAUGAGAGUUGGGUUGUUCAUGCUACUGCUGGUGCUGCUGCUGGAGCAUUGGCGGCUGCGGUUACCACACCACUUGAUGUUGUUAAAACUCAAUUGCAGUGUCAGGGAGUUUGUGGGUGUGACAGAUUUAAAAGUGGUUCAAUUGGAGAUGUGAUUAAAGCAAUAGUUAAAAAGGAUGGUUACAGAGGCAUCAUGAGAGGUUGGAUCCCAAGGAUGCUCUUCCAUGCACCAGCUGCUGCAAUCUCUUGGUCUGCAUACGAAGCCUCAAAAUCGUUCUUCCAGGAAAUCAAUAGUAAUAGUAACAGUGACAAUGACACUUGA